AGAAGUCAUUUCUAUUUGAUAUCAUCAUUGAGAGAUGAAGAUAGUGAUGCUGAUGAAGAUAGUGAUGAUGAUGAUGAUGAUGAUGAUGAUGAUAUAAACAUAUGUCGAGAGACUUACUCGGAGGCUGUAAAAAUACUCAAGGGCGAGUACGUCAUCAAUGCACUUGAAGAACACAAAAUGGACGUGGCGUUGAUCUUCUGUAGAACUAAAGUUGACUGCGACAACUUAGAGAAAUAUUUACAAGAAAGAGGCAAAGGUAAAUACUCGUGUGUUUGUCUACAUGGAGAUAGGAAACCUCAAGAAAGAAAAGAGAAUCUUGAGAAAUUUAAGAAACGACAAGUGAAAUACCUAAUCUGUACUGAUGUCGCGGCCAGAGGUUUGGACAUAAGCGGAUUGCCUUACGUUAUCAACGUAACCCUUCCCGACGAGAAACAAAACUACAUCCAUCGCAUUGGUCGAGUUGGUAGAGCUGAGCGUAUGGGCUUGGCUAUUAGCCUGGUAGCAAGCUGCAAAGAAAAGGUGUGGUAUCAUUCAAAUUGUACAAGCAAGGGGCGGGGAUGCUACAACACAAACUUAACAGACCAAGGAGGCUGCUGUAUUUGGUACAAUGAACCUCAGCUGCUGAAUGACGUUGAGGACCACUUGGAUGUGACCAUCGAUAGAAUUAGUACCGACAUGAAAGUCCCGAUCAACGAGUUUGACGGGAAAGUUACUUACGGAGAACGUCGAAAAGCCGGAGGGAGCAUGUACAAGGGACACGUGGAGUUUCUGGCUCCUACCGUAGCAGAACUUGCCCAGCUAGAGAAGAAAGCUCAAACCACUUUCAUUGACCUCAAGUAUAAGAAGAAGUUCGCCAAUAGACAGUAAAUGUUUAACAGUUGUGAAAUGUAUUCUCAAUUCAGCAUUUGUUUUGUUUUAUUUUAAAUGCUUUUUUUCUGUUUUGAUUGUUUAAAUUAGUAUUUGGUCAGUGUUUUAACUUGAUUUAACUAAAGCUGUUUACUAAACCAGCGUUAUUGCCUAUUUUGUAAUUGUGUUAUUUGAACUUAUUCAGUCCUGAAAUUUCGGAAAAUAGAGAUGGCAAAGUUUACUAUAAGCAAUACAAACCUCUUGCUAAAUAACAACUGGGUUCCGCUCAGUAGACUAUAUUGGUCACUAAGACUUAAUAUUCCUUACUCUUUUUUUUUGUUUCUUUUUAACUGGUGUAUUUAUUAAACAUUCUGAUAAUAUAAUUGUGUUAGUCUUAAUUUCAUUGAACUAAAUUUGCAUUAGACUUUAAGGAUUGUUUUUAAUAAAAUGUUACUAUUAUUUAUUAUUUUCCCUAUGCUAAAAAGCUAAGUUAUGCUAUUUUUAAAGCAAUAAGCUGAUUAGUAUAAUAAUAACCUGAAUAUUUUUAAUUAUUAAAAUUUACCAACAGUUUUGAUUUUGCUUAAAUCGGUACAUAGAAAGGGCAUAACUUAUUUUAUGACAUUUGAUGCAUGCUGGUAGUCUUUGUAGAUAACUAAAGAAGUGGCUAGACAGGAUGUGUCAAAACUUAAACAUGUACCUGUUUUUCAUUUGUAAUAAAUUAC